AUGAUCGACGACGAACUCAGGAAGGAGCUGGGCGUGCAAGGUGAGCGUCGACAUCUUAAUAUCCAGUGGUUUGGCGGUAGAUCCACCAGGGAACCUACCAACGUGGUAAGUCUGCAAAUCAGUGGAGCAGGCAAGCCAAUUCGCCAUGCGUUGCGAAACGUGUAUUCCGUUUCGAACCUGAGCCUGCCGAUGCAGACUCUACACCGACGAGAUGUCCAGGGCGUGCACAAGGAUGCCCGCCUGCCAAUGAGGCCCUACAGCAAUGUGGUGCCGAAACUGCUCAUUGGACUGGAUCACGGACACUUGGGACUUCCACUUCGAACGAGACGGUUUGCCAGACAGGGACCAUAUGCGGCCGCAACCGAGCUGGGCUGGGUUGUCUUUGGGCCGACAAGUGGACAAUCAACUACGCCGAGGUCCUGCUUCCUAGCUGUUUCAUUGGAUGACACUAUUCAGAGAAUGGUGGAAGACUAUUUUGAUGUUGAGAACUUUGGUGUGAAGCCUGCGCCACCAGUCGCCGGCAGCGACGACGUGCGGGCGCAGAAGACAUUGGAAGAUACCACGGUGAGAGUGGGGCAACGUUACCAGACAGGUUUAUUAUGGAAGGAUGACUACAUUGUGCUUCCACAAAGCUAUGACAUGGCGUACAAGCGGUUGGUCAACGUCGAGAAGAAGAUGAAGCGCAACGGGCAGUUCGCGCAGGAAUACACUAGGAUCAUCAAUGAUUACGUGUCUAAAGGAUACGCUCGACGGUUGAAGCCUCAUGAGGUCGCAGUGGAAAGUGACAGGCUAUGGUAUCUGCCACACUUUGGAGUAGAAAACCCAAACAAGCCGGGAAAGAUUAGGCUGGUUUUCGACGCUGCGGCAAGAGUUGGUGGAACAUCACUAAAUUCGGCACUGGCCAAAGGGCCGCAACAUUAUAAACCCUUGCCAGCUGUGCUCUUUCAUUUUAGAGAAGGUGCCAUCGGAGUCUGUGGCGACAUCAAGGAGAUGUUCCACCAAGUUUUGAUCCGACCCGAAGAUAGAUGCUCCCAACGCUUUUUGUGGAGAGAUGGAGAUGACAGAAGGGAUCCUGACAUCUACGAGAUGAUUGUAAUGACCUUUGGAGCAGCCUGCUCGCCAAGCGCUGCGCAUUACGUGAAAACUGUAAAUGCUGAACAGUUUCGUCAUUCGGAUCCAAGAGCAGUCAAGGCCAUCAUCGAUUGUCAUUAUGUGGAUGACUAUGUGGACAGCUUUGCUACCGAGAGCGAAGCCAUCAGUGUAUCUACCCGAGUAAAGGAGAUACAUGCGAACGCUGGAUUCGAGCUAUGCCAAUUUUCAUCCAGCUCACCCAUUGUGGAGGCUGCAUUGGGUCCACCAGGACGAGGCGAGAGCGUCGGAUGGGGUGAGGCUGAACAGAAGAUUCUGGGAAUGUGUUGGCAAGCAGCCACAGAUGACUUCAGGUUCAAUGUGAAGUAUCAUCGAGUUCCAAGCAGCGUAUUGAACGGCGAUCGAGUCCCUACCAAGAGGGAGUAUUUGAGCUUGGUCAUGUCUACGUUCGAUCCCCUGGGAUUCUUGUGCUGCCUCAUGAUAACAGCCAAGUUAUUGCUACGAGAGAUUUGGAGGCAGACGAUCCAGUGGGAUGAACCACUUCCGGAUGAGAUAUACAGAGCCUUUGUGAAUUGGCGCAAGGAAAUGAACACCGUGGGACAGUUCAGAGGCCCUCGCCAUUAUUUCGGGAAUGGACUCGUGCGAGCUAUAGAGAUGCACGUCUUCGUGGAUGCAAGCCAGUCUGCAUUUGCGGCUGUGGCCUACUGGAGGGUCACUUAUGAAGAUGAUAACGUGCUGGUGAGCUUCGUAUGUGCCAAGACGAAGUGCGCGCCCAUGAGAACAAUGUCAAUCCCACGGCUGGAGCUGCAGGCAGCAGUUCUUGGAACUAGGCUGAUGGACACUGUUAAAAAGGAACACAGUGUGGCCAUCAGUGACAUCGUGUUAUGGACCGAUUCCAAGACGGUGCUAAGAUGGAUUGGUAGCACCCACCGCCGAUAUAAGCAGUUUGUCGGCAAUCGUGUGGCGGAGAUCUUGGAGUCGACGAAGGUAUCCCAAUGGAGAUGGGUGCCAACAGCCGACAAUGCGGCGGAUGACGCAACACGUUCGCAAUGCCACGUGGACCUCAGCCAGAAGUCACGUUGGCUAGGCGGACCAGCAUUUUUGAGGCAGCCAGCGGGCAGCUGGCCACAGCCUGAAUCUGGAACUGAACCAGGUCCGGAUGGUAAUGACGAAGAGGAGAUGCCAAGUGAGUUUUCGCUUGUUGGUGCGAACGACUUUUGUAUUUCCUUUCAGAGAUUCUCGAGCUACAGUAGGCUACUCAGGACAACAGCCUGGGUCUUAAGGUUCACGCGCUGGUGCCGUGGACAAAGGAGCGAGCUCGAGAAGUACGGCCUUACUGCAUCAGAGUGUGAGGCCGCGGAGAACCUGUUGGUCAGACAGGCACAACGUGAAGCGUUUCCAAACGAGAUGCGGUCGGCAGAAGACGGUAAGAUGGUUGCCGGCGGGAGCGACACUCGAGGACUGUCACCCUACAUAGAUGACCUUGGAGUUCUGCGAGCCUAUGGCAGAGUUGAUGCCGCAUUUUGCAUGCCGUACAGUGCGAGGAGGCCGAUAAUUCUGUCACACAGGCACAGUCUUACGGAGAUGAUUGUGCAUCAUUUCCACGUCAAGAUGAAGCACCAAAAUGUGGAUGCUACGAUUACGGAGAUCCGGACGAGGUUCUGGAUUACGAAGCUGAGACGUGUACUACAAAGGGUGAUCUCAGCAUGCAACGUGUGCAAGUUGCAUAGGGCGCGGCCAACGCCGCCAAUAAUGGGACCCCUGCCGGAAGAUCGCUUGGAGGCCCAUGGUUGGCCGUUCAAGAAUACAGGACUGGAUUACUUCGGACCACUGUUGGUGACGGUGGCGCGUCACAAGGAGAAGCGAUGGGUCGCCCUGUUCACUUGCUUGACGACCAGGGCGAUUCAUCUGGAACUGGCGUAUGACCUGUCGACGGAUUCCUGUAUAAUUGCGAUACGGAAUUUCGUCUGUCGUCGAGGGCCAGUACAUAGACUACGCAGCGACAACGGCAAGAACUUCGUGGGAGCUGACAGGGAGGCCAGACGAUUUGGUGACGUUUUCGAAAUGGAGAGAGUCCAGGAUGAGCUGUCGAGCAGAGGUAUCGAAUGGGUAUUCAAUUGCCCAGUGAAUCCAUCUGAAGGAGGAGUCUGGGAACGCAUGGUGCAGUGCGUCAAGAGGGUCCUGCGCCACACAUUAAAAGAGGUGGCACCGAGGGAUCAUGUACUGGUGAGUUUCCUGAUCGAGGCGGAGAACAUCGUGAAUUCGCGUCCGCUUACCCACUUGCCGGUGGAGGCGGACCAGGAAGCCCCGCUAACGCCAAAUGAUCUGCUCAGAGGAGUAGCUAACUUGCCGGACACGCCUGGCGAAGAUGUGGAGCUGCCCAAGGAGUGCGCUACACGCAAGCAGUGGCGUAUAGCGCGACUAAUGAGGGACCGUUUCUGGAAGAGGUGGGUCUUGGAGUACCUGCCUACACUCGUGCGCCGAGAGAAGUGGUGCCAAAGGACGGAGCCGAUUCGCCAGGGUGACGUGGUCUUCAUCUGCGAUCCAGCCUUGCCGCGAAGAGAGUGGCGUAAGGGCAUCGUGGAGGAGGUCUACAAAGGAGUUGAUGGAGUCAUUAGACGCGCUAGUGUGCGCGUGAACGACUGCGGCCUAUCCAGGAUUAUGAUGCGUCCCGUCUCCAAACUGGCGGUUUUGGAUUUGAGUGAAGCGGUUCUUCACGGGGUCGGGGAUGUCGCGGGACGAUAG